GUAGCUGGUAAUCCGUAUGGAGAAAUGACUUACUUGAACUCAAGUGACACGUAUUUUGUUGGAUUAAAGGUACACAAUAAUUUAGUAAACAUCAGCAAAGGAGGUUAUGCCAACAUUGUUUUUCAACUCACUGCCCCGAUUGGUUGCCUUUAUACCGAUUCUGUCAAUAUCAACAAUAGCUGUGUUGUGUCGUUAGAAAUGGUCAGUUUAAGUAGUCCUUCAAAAUGUGAUUCCGGAAACAUCGCUGUAGUGACAAAGACAGACCAUUGUGGACCGGCCAUCAAUACAACGACGAAAGCAAACCUUCACACGUGGACAAGUGAUACCAUCUACACAGUUCAACUGACUAAUGCAGACGUCAAUACUGGCGACAGACGUGAAUAUAAGGUUGCAUUAAAGUUUCCCGGUAACUACCAACAUAGGAUUUGGGCAAACUACAGAUCGAGUUUCAUAGAUAUACACAUUGGGGAUGACAAACCCCGUGGCUUUUGUUACAGCCGGGUCAACUCACAAGUCAGAACUGCCGAUGGCUACUGCAUGAAUGCCAAUGUUGUUGGCGACUUAAUUCUCUACUGGAACAAGAAAUACGAUAUAAUGGUUCAACAACGGACGACUUACUGCCGAAACAAUCAGACAACAUGCGUGUGUGCACUUGCUAUACGAGCAGGAAGCAAUGUGUUCGUUAUUGACCUUUGCAAAAGUUUCUCCUACAUAGACUACCUCAUGUGUGAAGACGUACAAACGUUGAAAGUUGAACUGAUAGAGGGAACUCAAAACGUGUAUAAGAUUAUUACUCCGUCGGGUGCCAAAGUUGUAGCCGACAUUUUACAAUUGCCUUUGUACAGAGGUUACAUGAAUAUUGACAUAUACUUGUCCGCCAAAGACUUCGAAGAAGGCCAAGGACUUUGUGGAACAUACAACGGCGACAUGACCGACGAUCUGAUUCAUCAAGACGGUCUUUCCUCAGACUUGCAACAAACCGUAGACUGCUUUUUGAGACGCCAUGAUAGCUUUAUUAACAGUUGGCGGUAA